AUGAAGCGCCAGCGACCAUCCGACGCCGAGACGUCGUUGCUCUGCAUCUUCAUCUUUCUCGACGUCCCGUCGCUCUCUCAUGCAGCGCUCGUGGCCAAGGGCUGGGCGAGCGCCGUCCGCUGCCUCCACGCGCAGCGUCGCGCCGACCUCUCGAGCGGCGGCGAGCCGCGGCCUGUGGUGGUGCGUGGCGCCGCCGGGUACCCGUCUGGCUUUGCGUACCGCGCCUCGACGCGUCUGCCUGCUGGCCACGACUGGCCGAUGGAUGCCACGCGGACGAUCGAUGUCUACGUGACCAAGCACGCGGCCAAAGGCUGGGCGCUCCACGCUGCACAUCCGAUCGCGCCCGGCGCGUACCUCGGCGAGUACGCUGGCGACAUGGUGCGCACAGGCGACAUGGACCGCGCGUCAACGUACAUUGUCAGCGUCCGCGAAGAGGCGAGCGACCGCGUGCUGCGCACCAACGUCGACGCCGGUCGCGUCGGCAACUUCACACGCUUCAUCAACCACGCCUGUUGGCCGAAUGCGAUUCUGGAUACGUAUCGCCGACCCGAUCUGCGCUGCGUGCUGCCACGGCUCCAGAUUCGUGCGCUGCGACAGAUUGAAAGCGAUCAAGAAAUCACGAUCGACUAUGGCGUCGCCAGCGGCGUCGGUCACACGGUGUGCCACUGCGGCAGUGCCAACUGCGCCGGCCGCCUCCCGUUUGACGCAAGCCUGUAG